AUGGAUAUCAAUGGAGACCGCAGUUCCAUAAGGCAUAGAUUUUCCCAGGCAGAAGAUCUCCUACUAAAAAACCUUGUGGAGGAAGCCAAUGGUGUGGUCAAUUGGAAAGAUAUCGCUAGUAAGAUGGGAACCCGAUCUGCACGACAGUGCAGAGAGAGGUACAAGAACUAUCUCAAGCCAACAAUUAUUAAAAAGAACUGGACAAAAGACGAAGACGCGUUAAUUCUCCAAAAAUAUCAAGAAUUAGGAAAUAAAUGGGAAUCAAUUGCAAGAUUCCUUAAGGGACGCUCAGGAAGCGAUACGCGUAAUAGAUACCUCUCUCUUAUCAGAGUCAAAAAAAAUAAAAAAUCAAGAAAUUCGUCAUAUCAAUCAAAGUCCUCGGUAGUGCAUCAGCCUCAACAACCAAUAAUAAAGGCUAAUGAACAAUUAGCUCCUCAAAUUGACUUUGACAAAUUAUUCUUCGACCGGACGAGUAUAUUUUGCACCGGAAAUAUGAAUGAUCAUGAUGUAUGUUGUUAA